CAAAACUGGCAGUCACUUCGGGGAAUUGCACUCAGUUUAUAGAGCUGUAAAGGAUAUCUCCUCUUCUCCAUGGAAUUUAUUUUCUUGUAGGGUGGACAAGAUUUAUCAAUACAUUGGAAAUGACAGAGACUGCUUAGCAAAAGUGUGUUUUUUUUGCUAUUGCUAAGAAAGAGCAUCUUCAGUGCACAGUGAGCAGAGAACCCUGCCAGAAUUUUAGGGCUUUUUUUUGCCUUUUUUUCUCUUAGAUGUAUGGGCUGAGCAUUCACUGGCUGAGAAAUAAAGUGGUUCCAUCUGUGCCAUAUUUUUACUUUGUUUUUACAGGUAAUUAAAAACAGCACAUUGCUUUGUAAUUAAGAGCCUGAGCAAGACAAGCAGAAGAACAUUACAAGUUGCUUUUGGGAAUCAACCAUGACAAUGCAUCUAAACAGUUAUUUUCUUUCAAGUUUUUAAAAGUCUACUGGAAUAAAAGAAGAAAAAAGAACUGUCAAGUAUUCUCACCGUUUGCAAUUCUGCUUCACUGAACUUUUUUCUUAAUUUUUUUUUUCUACAUUAAAAAUUAUCUGGUUCACUGGGAAAAAUACAAGCCAGCACAAUGUUUUUUAACAGAGAAAUGUCAAAUGCAACUUUGGCUGCUGUGUCUAUCCUGGUCAUUUUAUGGGAUCUUACAAGUGGGAGCUUUGUGAAAAAUCAUCUUCAUUCAAGUUUCAUUCAGAGGAAACUAAGCGGCAGAGAGAAGCGAGAGAUGCAAAGAGAGAUUCUGUCCAUAAUGGGAUUGCCAGGGAGACCCAGACCUGCGAGUGGCGGUCAAGUUCCUUCCUCUGCCCCUCUCUUCAUGCUGGAUCUUUAUCAUGCUAUGUGUAGUGAGGAAGAUGAGGAUGGAAUGCCAGGUGUUUCCAGGGCACAUUUUACAACAUUAAGCACUCAAAGUCCACCACUAGGAACAGUGAUCAGUGAAGCUGAUACAGUCAUGAGCUUUGUAAAUAUGGUUGAACACGACAGAGAUAUCUUCCAACAGAAGCCCUACUGGAAAGAAUUCAAGUUUGACAUGACCCAAAUACCCACAGGAGAGUCUGUAACGGUAGCCGAGUUCCGGCUUUUCAAGAUGCGCAGCUUUUUACGUAAUUUGAAUCGCACACUUCACAUCAGUCUCUAUGAAAUAAAGAAGGAAAGAGGCUAUAGGGAGCCUGAGUUAACCCUAUUGGACCAUCAAAGCACACUGGCUGGGGAUGAAGGGUGGUUGGUGUUUGAUGUCACAGCUGCCAGUAAUCACUGGUUACUGAAAUCCAAAAAUAACUUAGGAAUCCGUCUCUAUGUGGAGACUGAUCAAGGGCAAAGUAUUGAUCCGGGUAUAGCGGGUAUCUUAGGAAGACGAGCACCACGUUCGAAACAGCCAUUCAUGGUCACAUUUUUCCGGGUUAGUCGCAAUCAAAUCAGAUCAGUACGGGCAGUUAAACAACUCAGGAAAAGGCAACAGAAGAAACAUGACUUACCGCACCCCAAUAAACUUCCUGGCAUUCUUGAUCAUGUACAUGUUACUGACAACCGGCAAGUGUGUAAAAGGCAUGAAUUGUAUGUCAGCUUUCGGGACCUGGGAUGGCUGGAUUGGGUGAUAGCUCCGCAAGGUUACUCAGCGUUUUACUGUGAAGGAGAAUGUUCAUUUCCCCUUGACUCCUGCAUGAAUGCCACCAAUCAUGCCAUACUGCAGUCAUUGGUUCAUCUGAUGAAGCCAGAGAGUGUCCCAAAGGCCUGCUGUGCUCCUACCAAGCUCUCUGCCACUUCUGUCCUGUAUUAUGACAAUAACAACAAUGUCAUACUAAAAAAACAUCGAAAUAUGGUUGUCAAGUCCUGUGGUUGUCACUGAACAAGGCAGAAACAGGACAGGAGAGGAAGACUUGCACUUACAACAGGGAUUUAGAAAAAAAUGAUUUAUUUAUCAAAUAUUAAAUUAAAAGUAACAUUAUAGACUGAAAAUCACAGUUAUAUAAAUGCUUAGCACUACAACAGCGCUUUAUAACUAUUUCCACAAAGUGGGACGAGUAUCCAGUAUGUUUGGUUUGGUUGGUUUAUAAUAAAAUUAUCUAUUACAAAAAAAAAA